AAAUAUAUCAUGUUUAUUUUGGUUUUUUAACCGUUUUCUACUUGGUGCUGUUUGUGUUAUAGCAAUAGAAAUAUUUUUAGAAACAUUCUAUGCUGUUCUACCGUAUGAUAUGUUAACAGAAGUGACUCUUUCUAUGUGUUUCCCAAUAUAAAAAAAACCUUGGAAUAGUGAAGUUGUGAAAUUACUUUCAAUAUGUAGUUUUUCUUGUUAUUCUUUUUCCUAACUAAUUUUCAGUGAUAAUUUCUAUAAUUUGAACUGUUGUGUAUGUGUGCAGUUUGUAAAUGUGUGUGUUGAAAGUGUUUUAUGUGUUCAAGUGUUUACAGUUUCGCAAGAAAUGGAUAGCAGUAAAGCAACAACCAGUUCAAGAUGGAGAGUUAGAAGAACAAGACGGAGAUGAGAACUAUGCUGAUACAGAAUUUGAGGAUGAUAUACCUGAUGCAGCGUGCAAUGUGGCUCUCUUCGUUGAGUCCCGCAGAGGGAAAACGGUGCUUCAGUACAACGGCCACAGAUACCGCAAGGCUUACAAAUCUAAGAUUGGAACCCGUUGGAAUUGCUCUCUGAAUAAGCAUUGUACUGCUUUCCUGUUUCUCAAUGAUAAUGAUGAGAUUUUAAUGUCCAACGAAGAACAUGAUCAUCCACAAUCCACGAGGCUUGAAAACAUUGAUACUGAUCAAAACGAUACGGCAGUGGUUAUCACAUCUCGUAAAGGAAAGGAGAUGCUUCUGUUUCGUAAGUUUACUUACCGCAAGCAGUACGACAAAGGGAACAAGUCUAGGUGGAUUUGUUCCACACUCAAGAAUUGCCGUGGAUGUGUGUUCACAGACAGCAGCAACUACAUCAUCUCUGCCUUUGAAGAGCAUUGUCAUGAUCCCCCAAAGUAUUACUUGAAGCCUGAUCAUGUGCUCGGUGCAUUGAGGGAACCGUUAAUCAUAGAAACCGAUUGACCUAGUUAAAUUUAUUUUUAAUAACAUCAUUUUAAUCUAUCAAUUCUGUAAUUAUUGUUUUUUAAAUAAAAUAGUUUUUCUUA